AUGGAUGAAGAAGUUGUUAAUCGAGAUCGAAAUUCUGCGACGGUAGAACGCGAAGCUACUCGGAAUCAGGGUAGCGGAGAUCCAAUGAAAGUUAGGGUUGUGGAUGGUUCUAUUCUGGAACCAGAAGAGGGAUCUGAGGGUUAUGAGAAGUGGAAACGAUGUGACUACAUGGUUACAUCCUGGAUCUUAAACUCUAUGUCGAAGGAGUUGGUAGAGGCAUUCAUAUACACUGCUUCAGCUAGGGAAUUGUGGAAUGAAAUAACUAAGAUGUAUGGAGAGAAUAAUGGACCUUUGAUUUACCAUAUUCAAAGGAAAAUAAGUUCAAUUAGUCAAGGAAAUGGAUCAGUGGCUAAAUAUUUUACAAGAUUGAAAAAGCUUUGGGAUGAGCUUGCGUCGAUUGAGUGCUUGACUGCAUGUAGUUGUGGUGUUGCAAAAGAAAUUGCAGAUAUAACUGAUAGGAACAAAUUGAUGCAGUUUCUCAUGGGACUUGAUGAGAGUUUUGAACAGGCAAGGAAUCAGAUUUUGUUGACAGAUCCUCUUCCAUCAAUAAACAAGGCUUACUCGAUGGUUAUAAAGUUUGAAGCUCACAAACAAAUUGCAUUUAAUUUUUCUGAAUUAACUGGUGAGGUGGCUUUAUUUUCUAAGGGGCAAGGUAUUAAGAAAGAAUAG